CUUUCACUUCCUGCCCCCCUGAUUGGCUAACAGUGCGGAAGCGGCUAAUGGCGGCGUAAACAACGCGAAGAUCGGUGAAAGACGCCAAAUACAAAGUAAAAAUCGAGCUCUAACUAGACGGAGUAUGUUUUCAACACUAGGAGGUUUUCUGCUCGGUGCGCAAGCUGUUAAAACCCCGCAGGUUCAUUAAUCGGUAAUGUUUAGCCGCUAGUUUCGGCUAACUUUUAGCCAAGUUGGCUAACUUAACCAAAAAGUAUUAUUUAGUUAAUUUAUAGAAAUGGACUGCGUCGUGACGGGAGGAAACGUUAAAGUGCUGGCCAAAGCCAUCCAUUCUCUGUCCAGGGUCGGUGAUGAGCUCUAUGUUGAGCCUCAGGAUGAUGGGCUGGCCCUGCGGUCUGUGAACUCCUCUCGGUCGGCAUACGCAUGCUUCCUGUUCGCACCACUCUUCUUCAGCAGGUACACCAUCCCCAGUGGGCACGCUUUUCGCUGCAAGAUGGCAAUAAAGAGUGUGCAGGCUGUGUUUAGGUCUCUAGCGUCUCUAGAGAAGACAGUGGAAAAGUGUCACAUCGGGCUGGAUGAGAAGAAGAACCGCCUCACCUUCACCCUACACUGCAAACACGGGCUCCUGAAGACGCAUAACCUGUCUUUCCAGGACAGUGAGAGUUUACAGGCAGUGUUUGAUAAAGACAGCUAUGCCAAUGUGUUCAGAUCCCAUCCCAGGCUGCUGGUGGACACAGUCGUGCACUUCCCUCCUUCUCUAGAAGAAGUAACUGUGUCAGUGAGUGAUGAGCGGAUGUGGGUCAGGAACCAUGUGGAGGAAGAAGAUCUGUCCAAGUCCAUGCUGACAGAGCUGUGUUUGGCCUCAGACGAGUUCGACCAUUUCGCCGUCACAGCUCCGAACAGCGUCACCUUCUGUCUGAAGGAGUUACGGGGUAUGUUAGUGUUUGCAGAGUCCACUGGUCUCCCUGUUUCCAUGUACUUUGAUGAACCGGGCAGUCCUCUAGUGCUUUCAGUAACUGACAGCGUCCUGGAGGGGAACUUUGUGCUGGCCACACUUUCUGACAACUCCAACCACCGUAAAAACAACUCUAGACGAGCACAAACACCUCCGCCCCCUCCAGAUGAUGACUUCAUGGAUGACGACAUGGACUCCUACCUCAUCGCCAUGGAUACCAGCAUUGCGCCAGGUCCCUCUGCUACGUGUCCGCCCACGCCCCCAUUAGCAGUUUCCACAUGUUCAAAACAGCCUGCCGCAGCCAAUCACAGGUCACGGCUAAUCGCAGACGAGGAGGAGGAAGAGGAGGAUGCUGAAUUGGCGGAUUCAGCUGGACCGCCUAAUAAGAAGUUCUGCUCCCUGUUCUUUGGAUCGGUUCUUCCUCCGUCUUCUCAGACGAGCACUCAACCACUGACAAAUCAGGAAGUGCUGGCCAGCGACAGUGAGGACGACGAACAAUGAAAGAACAGUGGACUGAUGGAUACUGAUGGAGGGGAGAGAGAUGGACUGGCUUGAACGUGUGUGUCUGUUGUAUUACUGUUACACACAUGCCAGCUGCAGCACUAAACAUUUAUUGACACCUGAACCCUUAUUUUUACAUCUUCACCGGCCUGUACAAGUGUUUGUAUGGUGUAUCUAUUUUUUUUUACAUGCGCAAAAAUCUGCAAAGACUGUGCCGUACAGAGCAGGAUGGUUACUUUGAGUGUAUUCAAACUUUAUACUGAACUAGAAUGUGAAUGGCGGAGUUGAAAAUAUGGGAUUAUGUGAAACUGGACAUUAAGCACUUCCUGUAUAUUUUUUUUCCAGUCGGUUUGUAAUCAAGAUGCAACAAAACACAGCUCCUCAAAUAAAAUAAAAGAAACAUAUUUUUCAAAAGUA